AGGAGGAGAAGGUAGCGUCGGCAACUGAGCGGAGCCAGCCCAUGCGGGCGGGGCAGACUGCGGGCCGGGGGCCCUGCGAGCCGGAGGCUGUUAGACCUGCCGGCUAGUGGAAGUUGAGGGUCUGGUCUCCAAGGAUCGGGAUUGGCAUGGAGGGCAGCCGGGCCCUGAGCCACCUCCAGCUGCUGAGUUGGCUGUGGCUCCUGCUGAGACAUGCAUCACCUGUGCAGGGGGCUGGCCCAGCUGCCCAAGGGCCAGGAAACCCAAGCCCUCUAGCUGUCCAGGAAGGGGUGAAUAGCAAGGUGGACCUGGACUGCAGGACAGUGCGCAGCCUGAAUGCCUCUGAGAGCUGUCUCUUUGUCCAGACCAACCCAGACUGCCAGAGUGACGGAGGAUACCUCAACUACCUCAAAGGCAUCUUCUGCUUCUUCCCCCCGGACCUCCUUCCUUUGGCAGUCACCCUCUAUGUGCUCUGGCUGUUUUAUCUCUUUCUGUUCCUCGCUGUCACAGCUGAGAAGUUUUUCUGCCCCAACUUGUCAGCCAUCUCCACCACCUUGAAGCUUAGCCACAAUGUGGCAGGUGUCACCUUCUUGGCCUUUGGCAAUGGCGCCCCCGAUGUCUUCAGUGCGGUGGUGGCAUUCUCCAAUGCCCGGACAGCUGGCCUGGCUAUUGGAGCGCUCUUCGGUGCUGGCGUGCUGGUGACCACGGUGGUGGCCGGCGGCAUCACCAUCAUCCGGCCCUUCACGGCCGCCUCCAGGCCCUUCUUCAGAGACAUCAUUUUCUACAUAGUAGCUAUCUUCCUGACCUUCACCGCGCUCUACAUAGGCAAGGUCACUCUGGCCUGGAGCCUGGGUUACCUGGGCCUCUACCUCUUCUACGUGUUCACCGUGGUCCUCUCUACCUGGAUAUAUCGGCGGCAGAGUGUGGCAGCACUCACACACUCCCUACCUGGCCCAUCAGUGCUGCCAGUGGACUCUGAGGAUGGGACCACUUCUAUGGCUAACAGCUUUGAUUAUAGUGAGUCUGGAUGGGGUGAUGAGUACAGGCCCCAGAUGCACUCUGAGGAGUCCACAGCUCGGAUCCUGACCCGGUCCCUCAGCCCCCUGGACUACCAGACGUGGAAGCAGAAAUCCUGGUUUUGGAGGAUUCUUAAACUCUUCAAGAUACCCGCGGAGUUUCUGCUACGGCUUACGGUGCCUCUUGUGGACCUGGACAAGGAUGAUCAGAACUGGAAACGACCCCUCAACUGCCUCCAUCUGUUCACCAGCCCCAUGGUCUGCAUAAUGACCCUGCAGUCUGGAGUCUAUGGAUUCUAUGAGAUCCAAGGCAUCUUCCCCAUCUGGGGGGUCAUGAUGCUGGCAGGUACCUUUCUUGCCUCUGUCACCUUCUUUGCUACCUCCAAUGACCAGCCUCCCAGGUUCCACUGGGUCUUUGCCUUCCUGGGCUUCUUUGUCAGUGCUCUGUGGAUCAACGCAGCAGCCACUGAGGUGGUGAACAUCCUGCGCUCAUUGGGCAUCAUCUUCCAGCUCAGCAACACUGUUUUGGGGCUGACUCUGCUUGCCUGGGGGAACAGCAUUGGCGAUGUCAUCUCAGAUCUCACUCUGGCACAGCAGGGGUACCCUCGGAUGGCCUUCGCAGCCUGCUUUGGGGGCAUCAUAUUUAAUAUCCUGGUGGGUGUGGGUCUUGGCUGUGUGCUGGAGAUCUCCAGAAACCACAUAGAUGUGAAGCUGGAGACUGAUGGAUUGCUGGUAUGGAUCUUGGCAGGAGCCCUGGGGUUCAGUCUGCUGUUUACAUUUAUCUCCGUGCCUCUCCAGUGCUUCCACCUGAACAAAGUCUAUGGAUUCUGCCUGCUCUUCUUCUACCUGAGUUUCCUCAUCGUGGCGUUACUCACAGAGUUUGGGGUGAUUCACCUGAGAGUAGGGUGAAGGACACUAGACAAGGGUUGGUGAAAGGGCGCUCCUCCCUCUUCUGAGUGGGAGCUGAAGGCGGAAGUGCAAGCCUGUGAGCCCCCAGCGGUUGUUACUGGUGCUCCUCUCCACCGAAGGGAGGAAGAAGCAGGGAUGGAACUCUAUUCUCUGAAGUCAAAAUCCCCAUGGGAUGGAGAACAGAAUCUGGGACUGAAAAGUGGCUCCUGUGUGUUGGUGACCAGCCAGAGGGCUUGGCUGCUACAGGAAAUUGGAAGCAGGGUACCUCAGGCUUAUGGAAAGGACACAAUCCCAUUCUGCUCUCCUUAUCAUUGUUAAAGCAUCACUUGAAUCUUCAGACUGUGAGAGGUCAAGACGCACACAACCCAGGGACACCCCCCACCCCCAACCCCACCCCCCAGGUUCAGGCUUGUCUGUGGACAAGAAGUUCACGCAGUUGACAUGAAGCCUGGAGAUCUUUUCUAAUUAAAGCCCUUCAA